UAAGUAAAAUUUGCUUUAAAGGAUAGCACGAAAUGUAGAGAUGAUUAAUUAAAAGUCGAGUGGUUAUGAUUGUGGAUUGAUGGACCUGGAGAGGUGUUCUAAAAUUAGGUGAAGAAAUUAGGUAUUUUUAAACUCUCCGGUUCGAGUGGACGACGAUGAUGGUCAUCAUCGGAAGGUGGCAUUCGCGAUGUGGAAGUGGGCGGCGUUCGUGGCCUCCGUGGUGGGCAUCAUCCUCUGCGUCAGGAUCAUCCUCUGGGGCGAAGACGGAAGGGCCGGUCGGAGGACGAAGAUCAAGCAGCACGUGCCCAAAUUCAUGCUCGAUCUUUACCAUCAGAGCAGAAACGGAAGCGACGGCCCCGACGUCGUGCGCAGCGUCAUACCCAAAUCUUCGGGAAGUCACGAAGAUGACGACGACGAUGAUGAUCACGACAAACACUACUUGAUCUUCGACGUUCCCAGUGCGAACGAGGACGAAGAGUUCUUCAGCGCGGAGCUCAGAAUACUCACCGUCAUGGACGAACGCAAAUCUCAAAGUAAUCUGUUUACACUCACCAUGACAACAACAAAAUAUAAUAACAAUUCAACCAUUGCUAUGGUGAAUUCUAUAAAUUGCUAUGCAUUAGAAAAACUAUUGAAACUGUCGAUCUACGAUCACGCGGACGGCGAUUUGCUGUAUCUGAACCGAUUCAGAAUACGACCGUCCAAUAACACGUGGCUCUCCAUCAAUUUGACGAAUCCGGUCGAAGCUCUACUGUCACGUGACGGUAGCGGCCAUUUGAAGGUGGUGCUCUCGCUGGAAGCGAUAAAAUUGACGUUGCUCCCAGAGGACGACGUCCACGGCGAGCACAGCUACCCCGUCCUGCUGUUAUCCUACAAUUGCCAUGGUAACCCGAGGAGGAAACGCUCGUUGAUUGAAUUCGAGGACGACGGAAAGAGGAAAUCCAAGUACAAGAACGGUUGCAGGCGGAGACCGCUUUACGUCGAUUUUGCAGAGAUCGAUUACGACAGUUGGAUCGUCCAGCCAAGUGGUUACGAAGCGUUUCAGUGCGUGGGAAAGUGCUUUUACCCGUUGACCGAUCAUCUGACACCAACGAAACACGCGAUCGUCCAAUCCUUGGUGCACAGUAUAUCACCUCUGAGGGCCACCAGGUCCUGCUGCGUUCCAACCAAGCUCAACCCGAUUUCCAUUCUCUACGUAGACGAGCGCGGCGUCCUGACGUACCGGUACGCCUACAAGGAUAUGGUCGUUGCAGAAUGCGGAUGUCGAUAAUUCACAUAUAUUUCAAAUAAAAUAUAGCUUUAAUUUACACCCUAUACUAAAGUAAUCAUAAUUCAAGCGUCCCUAGUAAUCACGAUAGCAACCGAAACGAAUUUGUACAAAUUUCAUGUAACUAUGGCAACGAUGACAACCCUUGAAUUUUAUGUGCAAUAAAAUU